AUGGCUGACCGUGGUCCACCCCGCGGUGACCGUGGCGAUCGUGGAGACAGAGGGCGCGGCCGUGGCCCCCGCAGGCCUCGUGGCAGGAAGGAUGAGGAGGAGAAGUGGGUGCCCUGCACCAAGCUUGGCCGUCUCGUACAGCAGGGCAAGAUCAAGAGUCUGGAGCAGAUCUUCCUCUUCUCCCUGCCAGUGAAGGAGUACCAGAUUGUGGAGAACUUCCUGGGCUCAGCGCUCAAGGACGAGGUCAUGAAGAUCAUGCCCGUGCAGAAGCAGACCCGUGCUGGACAAAGAACGCGCUUCAAGGCGUUCGUUGUGGUGGGUGACCACAAUGGACACGUGGGUCUGGGAGUGAAGUGCGCCAAGGAGGUGGCGACUGCCAUCCGCGGCGCCAUCAUCCAGGCCAAGAUGUCUGUGGUGCCCGUCAGGCGUGGCUACUGGGGUAACAAGAUCGGCAAGCCCCACACAGUCCCUACCAAGGUGACUGGCAAGUGCGGGUCCGUGUCUGUGCGGCUGAUCCCUGCCCCCCGUGGUGCCGGUAUUGUGGCCGCUCGCACGCCCAAGAAGGUGCUGCAGAUGGCUGGUAUUGAGGACUGCUACACCUCCGCCACCGGCUCCACCAAGACCCUUGGCAACUUUGUCAAGGCGACCUUCUACGCGCUGCGUGCGACCUACGGGUACCUGUCCCCCGAGCUGUGGACCGCAACCCGCUACACCAAGUCGCCCAUGCAGGAGUUCACUGACUUCCUGGCCAAGCCCACCGUGGGAGACAUCCCCCGCGCGCCACCCGUGACCACCUACUGAGCGCCUGCUGACUAGGAUGCACGCCUGAUUAGGACGCGUGCCUUCUGCCUGUUCGGGAGUUGUUCCCUUUGGGACACGUGCUGUUUGGGUGGGACCAGACUGUGCGCCUGGUCGGGAAGGAGACUGCUUUUGUGAGGGUGAAUCACUAUCAGGGCGAGAGGUGGCUCUGGCAUGGUGCCCAGGCAGCUCUGUCUGGGCAGGAGAUUGUUUGAGUGGGGCUGCUUGGAUGUUCUCUUGGUGAUUGUGGGGUAGGCCAGGAUCAUCAGGUAGUUGUUCAUGCGGCAUUCCAGAGAUGGCUUAGGACCUGAGAGCUUGCUGACCCAGUCGGCUCAGGAACAAGUGUUAUGCAAAGUCACCUGAUGCGCCAGGGUGUCUCUACGCCUGAAUGCAGCCUGCGCUAUAUUGAGUUUGAUAGCACGGCAAUGCUAAGCUUUCAACAUGUCGUGGGUGAUCUUCUGAUCGUGAGCGUGUUCUUCGCUUGACCAGGAGGUCGUGUAAAACAGUCUUGACAUC